AUGCUCCCUCUGGGAACGAUACAUGCUUUACACCUCCGGGCAAGGCCUCAAAACCGCCUUCGAGCAAUGCUCCCAUCAGGGAAUGAUUUCCGCCUCCGAGCGACGCUCCCUCUAGGAAUGAUCCAAUGCUUUCUGCAUCCUGGCGAGGCACAAAAACCGCCUCCGAGCUAUGCUUGCUUCGUGGAUUUAUUCCCACCUCCGCAUGAGGAUCCCUUCGGGGAAUGA